CUUCUCCGUGCCAGUGUUCACGAGAAACCAGGAGGGCUCCCACGAUGAAGAUGCUGGCUCCAAACUGCCCUUGGGAGAAGAGACCAACAGAAAUCCUCCACCUACUUUACUGCAUCCAGAAAACUGGUGUGAGGAAUUCAAUCACUUUAUCUCACAGUGUCUUAUUAAGGACUUUGAAAAGCGGCCUUCUGUCACACAUCUCCUCGACCACCCAUUUAUUAAAGGAGCUCAUGGAAAGGUUUUGUUUCUGCAAAAACAGCUGGUUAAGGUGCUCCAAGACCAGAAGCAACUAAACCCCGUUGCUAAAACCAGGCACGAAAGGAUGCACACUGGAAAGCCAUAUCAUGUGGAGGAUGCCGAAAAAUACUGUGUUGAGGAUGAUUUGGUUAAUCUUGAGGUUCUGGAUGAGGAUACAAUUAUUCACCAGUUGCAGAAACGUUACACAGACUUGCUGAUUUAUACCUAUGUUGGAGACAUUCUAAUUGCCUUAAACCCCUUCCAGAAUCUAAGCAUAUACUCUCCACAGUUUUCCAGGCUUUAUCAUGGGGUGAAACGUGCCUCAAAUCCCCCCCACAUAUUUGCAACGGCAGAUGCUGCUUACCAGUGCUUGGUGACUUUCAGCAAAGACCAGUGCAUUGUCAUCAGCGGAGAAAGUGGCUCGGGGAAGACAGAAAGUGCCCACCUGAUUGUUCAGCAUCUGACUUUCCUGGGAAAGGCCAACAAUCAAACCUUAAGAGAGAAAAUUCUGCAAGUGAACUCCCUGGUGGAAGCCUUCGGGAAUGCAUGCACUGCCAUCAAUGACAACUCCAGUCGUUUUGGGAAGUAUCUGGAAAUGAUGUUUACACCAACCGGAGCGGUGAUGGGGGCAAGAAUUUCUGAAUAUCUUCUUGAAAAGUCCAGAGUUAUAAAACAGGCAGUGGGAGAGAAAAAUUUUCACAUAUUUUACUAUAUUUAUGCUGGUCUUUAUCACCAAAAGAAACUCUCUGAGUUGAGACUACCUGAGGAAAGUCCUCCUAGGUACAUAGCUGAUGAAACUGGAAGAGUCAUGCAUGACAUAACUUCCAACGAGUCUUACAGAAGACAGUUUGAAGCAAUUCAGCAUUGCUUCAGGAUUAUUGGGUUCACUGACAAGGAGGUACACUCUGUGUAUAGAAUUCUGGCCGGGAUUUUGAAUAUUGGGAACAUUGAGUUUGCAGCUAUUUCUUCUCAACACCAAACUGAUAAAAGUGAGGUGCCCAAUGCUGAAACUUUAGAAAAUGCUGCCACAGUUCUCUGCAUCAGCCCCGAAGAGCUGCAGGAGGCCCUCACAUCCCGCUGUGUGGUCACCCGAGGGGAGACCAUCGUCCGCACCAACACCGUGGACAGGGCUGCAGAUGUCCGGGAUGCCAUGUCCAAAGCCCUGUAUGGGAGGCUCUUCAGUUGGAUUGUGAAUCGCAUCAACACACUCCUGCAGCCAGACAAAAACAUAUGUAGUGUAGAUGAUGGAAUGAACGUGGGGAUCUUGGAUAUUUUUGGAUUUGAGAAUUUUCAGAGAAAUUCCUUUGAGCAGCUCUGCAUAAACAUCGCCAAUGAACAAAUCCAGUACUAUUUCAACCAGCAUGUGUUUGCUCUUGAGCAGAUGGAGUAUCAAAAUGAGGGCAUUGACGCCAUUCCUGUGGAAUAUGAGGACAAUCGCCCACUCUUGGACAUGUUCCUCCAGAAACCUCUGGGCCUGCUUGCACUUUUGGAUGAGGAAAGUCGCUUUCCCCAAGCCACAGACCAGACCCUGGUCGAUAAAUUUGAGGAUAAUCUGCGAUGCAAGUUCUUCUGGAGGCCCAAAGGAGUGGAGCUGGGCUUUGGCAUUCAGCACUACGCGGGAAAGGUAUUAUAUGAUGCUUCUGGGGUUCUUGAGAAAAAUAGAGACACCCUCCCUGCAGAUGUGGUUGUGGUCCUGAGAACGUCCAAAAACCGGCUUCUUCAGCAACUCUUCUCCAUCCCUUUGACCAAAACAGGUAACUGGGAACCCCUAACAUUCCCAGACCUCAUGGUUGUUAUAAACCCAGGAA